CAUGGCUCGUCCCGUUCUCUCGUGCUCCGCGUGGAGAUUGUUUUUCCUCAUGCGGACUGCGCUAGAUCUGGCGCUGGCUCAGGAGACCUACGCGCCGCAUUCGAUCCGAACCGAGGGCCACUUGACCCUCGGCGGACUUUUCCCCGUCCACGCCAGGGGGGCGGACGGCGCGCCUUGCGGGGACCUGAAGAAGGAGAACGGCAUCCAGCGGCUCGAAGCCAUGAUGUACGCGCUGGACCAAAUCAACCAGGACGAUCAACUCUUGCCCAACAUCACCCUGGGCGCCCGGGUGCUGGACACUUGUUCCAGGGAUACCUACGCGCUGGAGCAGUCUCUAACUUUCGUCCAGGCCCUUAUCACCAAGGACACCUCGGAUGUGAGGUGCACCAACGGGGAGCCGCCGGUCUUUGUCAAGCCUGAAAAAGUGGUGGGGGUCAUCGGAGCCUCGGCGAGUUCGGUGUCGAUCAUGGUUGCCAACAUCCUACGCCUCUUCCAGAUUCCACAGAUCAGCUAUGCAUCAACAGCUCCGGAGUUGAGUGAUGACAGGCGCUACGACUUCUUCUCAAGGGUGGUUCCUCCAGACUCCUUCCAGGCCCAGGCCAUGGUUGACAUAAUCCGAGCCAUGGGCUGGAGUUACGUCUCCACCAUCGCCUCCGAGGGCAGCUAUGGAGAAAAAGGAGUGGAGGCCUUCACGCAACUCUCCAAAGAAGCAGGUGGAAUCUGCGUGGCCCAGUCUUUGAAGAUUCCGCACAGCCCCAAGAUGGACGAUUAUGACAAAGCCAUCCAACAACUGCUGGAAACCCAGCACUCCAGGGCAGUCGUCAUCUUCGCUAAUGAAGAAGACAUACGGGGAGUCCUCAAUGCCACUAAGAGGGCCAAUCACAUGGGCCAUUUUCUUUGGAUUGGAUCUGACAGCUGGGGCGCCAAAAGCAGUCCCAUCCACCAGCUUGAGGAUGUAGCGGUGGGAGCCAUCACAAUACUGCCCAAGCGCUCGUCCAUUAAAGGGUUUGAUGAAUACUUUACUGCACUCACCCUGGAGAACAAUCGGAGGAACGUUUGGUUUGCUGAAUUCUGGGAGGAGAACUUUGACUGCAGGCUUCUUAGCGCAUCCAAGAAAGAAGACACCAGUCGUAAAUGCACAGGACAAGAACGCAUCGGGAUUGACUCCAAGUAUGAACAGGAAGGGAAAGUGCAGUUUGUGAUUGAUGCGGUGUACGCCAUGGCCCACGCGCUGCAUAAUAUGCAGAGGGACUUGUGUCCCGACCAUCCUGGCGUCUGUCCACAGAUGGAGUCUGCUGAAGGAAAAACUUUUCUCAAGUACAUCCGGAAUUCCAACUUCAACGGCAGUGCCGCCACCCCGGUUGUCUUUAAUAGGAACGGUGAUGCUCCAGGACGCUAUGACUUGUUCCAGUUCCAGAUGACCAACUCCUCCAUCCCAGAGUAUAAGGCGAUCGGACAGUGGGUGGAGAGCCUCCAGCUCAGGCUGGAGGAGCUUCAGUGGCACAACGGGGAGCAGGAGGUGCCCAUCUCGGUGUGCAGUCUGCCAUGUAAGACUGGCGAGAGAAAGAAGAGGGUCAAAGGGAUGCCGUGCUGCUGGCACUGUGAGCUCUGUGACGGAUACCAGUACCAGUAUGACGAAACCUCCUGCAAACUGUGCGUGUACAACAUGAGGCCCAACCCCAACAGGACUGCCUGUCAGGCCAUUCCUAUCACCAAACUGGAGUGGCACUCCCCCUGGGCCGUCAUCCCCGUCUUCCUGGCCAUGUUGGGCAUCAUCGCCACCAUUUUCGUCAUGGCCACGUUCGUUCGCUACAACGACACGCCCAUCGUGCGCGCCUCUGGCCGAGAGCUGAGCUACGUGCUCCUGACCGGCAUCUUCCUGUGCUACAUCAUCACCUUCCUCAUGAUCGCCAAGCCCGACGUAGGCGUGUGCGCCUUCAGGAGGAUCUUCCUGGGUCUGGGCAUGUGCAUCAGCUAUGCAGCGCUGCUCACCAAGACCAACCGCAUCUACCGGAUCUUCGAGCAAGGCAAGCAGACGGUCACGGCCCCGCGCUUCAUCAGCCCCACCUCGCAGAUCGCCAUAACUUCCAGUCUGAUCUGCGUGCAGCUGCUGGGCGUGCUGGUGUGGUUCGCCGUGGACCCUCCCAACACCAUUAUUGACUAUGAUGAGCAGAAAACAAUUAACCCCAUGUUGGCCCGUGGCGUGCUCAAGUGCGACAUCACAGACCUCCAGAUCAUCUGCUCGCUGGGCUACAGCAUCCUGCUGAUGGUGACCUGCACCAUCUACGCCAUAAAGACGAGAGAUGUUCCCGAAGACUUCAACGAAGCCAAGCCCAUCGGCUUCACCAUGUACACCACCUGCAUAGUCUGGCUGGCUUUCAUCCCCAUUUUCUUUGGCACGGCCCAGUCUGCUGAGAAGCUCUACAUCCAGACGACAACGCUGACCAUCUCCAUGAACCUCAGUGCCUCAGUAGCACUGGGCAUGCUCUACAUGCCCAAGGUGUACAUCAUUAUCUUCCACCCUGAGCUCAACGUACAGAAGAGGAAACGUAGCUUCAAGGCGGUAGUCACGGCCGCUACCAUGUCGUCACGGUUGUCACAGAAGCCUAGUGAGAGACCCAAUGGAGAAGCCAAGACUGAGCUGUGUGAGAACCCCGCUGCUGACCCUAUGAGUCAAGCCACCAAGAAGACGUACGUGAAUUACAACAACCUCAGGAUCUGAUGAGCUGGAGGAUGAACGCUGCUUGCCUGUCAUUUGUGG